UGUUUUUUUUUGUGACUUUAAUUAAAUAUUUCUCAAAUUUAUCUGGCAAAUGUAGAUCAGACAAAAAGAAGACGUCAAGUUGGUUAAAGAAGUUGAGAACACCUGGUAAAAAUAGAUCGCUUAAAAUAGAAGCUUCUGCAGAAGAAACAACUCCAAUAUUCGAAACCAGAUCUGAUGAAUCUCCAGAAUCUACCGGAUCUAAUACCAAAGGAAAAAAAAUCUUCAAUGCCUCUCCCGAGAAGCACCUAUCACCAUCACCCGAGAAACAAAAGAUAUCAACUCCUGCUCCGGCUUUCGACUAUCACCUCAAAACAACGGGCCCACAGACUAGUACACCAAAAAGGGAAGAACAUUCUGAUGGAACCAAGAAACGACCUCAGGCAAACACACCAUACAGACUUCCAAACGGGCGAAUGUCUGUUCGAAGACGUAUUCCAUAUGAAGACAUGUCACCCGAAAGUGGACAAUUAAUCAACGUCGAAACAUCUGCUCCAAUAGCACAAUUAGAAUCUGUGAAUAGUCAAGAGUUCCUAAACAGCCCAGAUUUGGAUGUGAACUUAAGUCCAAUUCAAAAGAAAGGGGUGUGCCGUAGUUCUGGUCAGAAAAUUGAUGAUACCGAUCUAGUUUCGUCCAUAAACCGCAUACAAAGGAGAAGCAGUUGUAUCAAUACAAAGCAGAAAGUUAUGAAUGGUGGUUUGUCUUGCAAAGUUCAUCUCCAGAGGCGACUUAGUUCCACUUUGCCAAAAAGCACGCAAACUGAGGAAAGGUACAUAGUUCCAAAGCCGAUGACUGAUCCUAGAGUUAGUUCUAAACCCUGCGAAAGUAUACUUCAUCCAAGUCCGUCAGAUAACGAUAUUCCAUUCGUCGAUUACGAUGAAGAUGAAGUAUCGUUUGAUGAUAAACCUCGAAGGAGAUUAAUUGUCCGAAGGAAACAGGAAGUUAUAUUAAGCAAGUCUGCACCUAAUGUGUCCCUAAAUGGCAGCUGCGUCGAUGAAAAGGAAGAUAGAAAUCCUGCUCCAAAUAUGUCUACGAAUAAAAAGGUUAUAUCUUCAAGUGAGCCAGCUAUAAGUCCCGAAAAAACGAACACACGUUUACAAAAAGCUCAGAGUCCAAUGGAAGAAGAAGAGAAUAUGUCACUAGACCAAAAAACAGAAGACUUGCUCAGCAUCGAUGAUUCAACUGACUCGUUUUCACCGUAUGUAGAUUCCAAAAAUACUGAAAUAGAUAGUCCUUUAUCGUGCUGGCUGAAAGAAAUCCGCUUGAUGACUGACAGUGAAUGCCUGAAUGCCUUGCAAGCUAAAGUGUUGCUUAAAGAAGACUGGGUUCCCAAUGCUUUGGCUGUUGGAAAUGCUCAGGAAUCUGCAGAAAGAAUAUGGGACUUCGGAAUCAACAUCAACAAACACAUUGAUGAAAUGAUUGAAUCCCUAAAAUCAGAAGCAUCAACUGUGCCACUGUCCUUAAAGGUAGCUCAGCUGUGCACAAGUUUAGUGGAAAUUGUCAAGCUGUCCAGUUCUAUUAAGCAGUUAGCGCAGAUUGAGGCCAAAGUAAGAACAUCAUGUUCUACUCUAUUGGAUAUAGUGAAUAAGAAUGGAAAAUACAAUGAAUGGAAAUCCAAAGCAAAGGAAGAGCUUGAAAACAUACAAAAGCACGCAAUGAUAUUGAUUCAACAGCUGAUUCUUAGAGAACUAUUUGUGAUCGCAGACUGCGUUGAAAGAGCAGCAAAUAUGGAAAAUUUGAAGAGAGCAGUGUUUGCCCUUAUAUUAUUAGGAAGAAUGAAUCCAACAUUUUGCGAUCUAUUGGUAAAACUGGGAGCUGUGCGAUCUUUACUUUCGAUCUGCGUGGAAGAUAAAUGGAGAGAUGUUCAUCCAUGUGCUCUUAGAGCGUUAACUGUUCUUACUUGUGUGCCUUCAGCUAUCCGCAGUUUCGAAGAAAACGGUGGAGUUGACUGUACGUGUGAUGUACUCAGUGACAAAAAUUCUGCAGAAGAAGCUCGGAGCGAAGCAGCGGGAGUCAUUGCACAAAUAACUGCACCCUGGACUGAAGGAAGCGCAUAUGUGCUACGAAGUGUGUCCGAAAAUGCAGACAGAUUAGUGCAAUCCAUAGCAAGCGUUGCUUCUGCCACAGAGAAUAGUGAAGUGUUUCUUUUAUCGUCUGCUGCCCUUGCAAAUCUCUCAUUUACGGAAAAUGCCUUGAGCAAGAUGAAAGAGAACAAAGUCUUGGAAAUACUAGUGGAUGCUUGCCGAAAUAAAACUCAUGCAGUUUCACUUUUCAUCAAAGAUCAGGUUGCAACUGUUUUAGCAAACAUGGCCGCCAAAGAUGAAUAUCGGGAAAUUUUGUCCUCAGGAGGAAGUUUAUUUCUACUGAUGCAAUUCUUGCAAUUGAAACCGUCAGCUAGCCAUGGACCACCACAACUUGCUGCUUGUGAGAGAGUUCAGCAGAAAGCUGCAAUUGCACUUGCAAGACUGUGCUCCAAUGCAAAUACAUCAAAUAUAGUGGCAGAAAUGCAAGGAAUUCAACGACUGGUGAAAUUGUGCAAAGACAGAAAAGAACGGAAUGACAGUGAUUCAGUGCUAGUAGCUUGUUUGGCUGCUCUGAGGAAAAUUGCCGCUGUGCGUCAAAAAGAAGAAUUCAUAAAGCUUGGUGCUCAAGAACUUAUAGAACCACGAUUGUGGGAUGCCUUUCUAGCACACUCCUCAAAACGGGAGAGUUACGUAUGAAAAGGAUCAAAUUGUAUAUUUAGAUUUGCGGGAACUACUAUGAACAGGAGAAAGUUGCUGUUUCUUAAAGUUAAGAGCAAGUGCUAUUACCUAAUGACCCAAGGAUCUGGAGGGGAAGAAACUAUUCAUCAAGAUCUAUUAAAUGUUAUCUGUGAAGUGACCAAGUAAACAAAAAAAAAAACUUAUGCAUGUUCAGGCUGCAUUUCGUAGCUAAGGGGCUAUGUUAUCUAAAGCUUCAUUUAGUUAACUUUAGAAUCUUGGCUACUUUUUAGAAAUUCUCUAGUCAGAUUCUCACUCCUCAAAGUUCUUUAGAAUGUUUAUAAAUUUUAAAGCCCAAUGUUCUCUAAAGUUGAGGAAGACUUUUAUCUAUGUUAAAAUUCAUAUCUUUAUAUCCAUGUGACCCUAUUUUGCAUGACUAAAAAACCAAGUUAUUACAAAAAAGUAGAGCUGAGGAAUGUAUCAAUAUUGUUUACACAUCGUGGUAUUAUUAUUUUUAAAAUUAUAUCAGGAGAUAUCUUGAAUGCUGUCUUUUACAAUUAAUAUUGUAUGAACACUGAUCAAUACCAAAUACGAUAAUGUCGUGAUUAUCGAUAGCGAUAAUUUUCAAACAUAAUAUCGCGAUCAAAAUUGACAGCAAUGAAUGACGAAUUAGACGUUAUCGCGCUCUUUAUCGACAAUGAUAAAUAUAGAAUGAGACAUUAUCGCGAUCAUAAUCGAUAUCUAGAAAUAUCUCAUUUAAUAAUAUCACGAAUAUUAUCGAAUGCAAUAUUAUCAUAUAAGUUUUGAAAAAUUUCAUUUGGCUAAUAAAAAUAUUUAUAAAUGUAAAAAUAAUGUAAAUUAGUUAAAUUGAGAAAACUUUGCAUUUUACAAAAAUUUUAUCAACUAGCAGUAUUUCUAAAAUCAUAGAAAGAAACAAAUUUCUAAAGUAGGAAAGCAACCUGGUUCUUCCCCAAACUAAGUUUGUUGUCAACAGUUAAAAUAAGGUGAUUUAAGCUUUCAAACUAAUAAAAUACCUAAAUAUAUAUUGUAUAAAAAAUAUACAUACAUAUUAUAAAACAUACUUGUUUUGUAAUUAAAUCAUCAUUUGUAAUUUAAAAUUAAAUAUUUUUUUUACUACUCAAUUAUUUAGAAUAUAUUUCAUGUUGAAAAUUAAAAUUACGUUCAUAAAAGACUUUGAGAAGGAGUAGAAAAUUGUGAUAAAUAUUUUGCUGCAUUGUAAUCAUUUUUGGAUGAAAAUAAAAUGGAUUUUGGAUAUUG